CUUCGCGUCAUGUCGUCGGUUCAGUUUUUUACUCGAAAACCCCGGUAAAUCCGAAUAGUUUCCGUCGAAAUUGGUUCAGAAGCGUAGAUGAACACCCCGUGCAAAUGGGGAAAGUGCUAUUUUCAGGGGAAAAGUGAAAUUCGCCCGGAAAUCUUCGAUUCUCUCAAGCCUUUUUGGCGAGUCUAACCUCGAUCCGUCGGCGAAAAGGUUGUCAAAUUUUACUCGUCCGAAUCCGAAAAAAAAGCCGAAGCGAAACCGAGUGCUGGGACCGUUCGGAAAAGCCUUUUGUUUUUGUUGUCGGCGCCAUUCGUGGUACCGGGUGGUCAGCUGUUGUUGGUAAACAGCGGCGGCGGCAUUCGUGAGUGGGUGGGUGUAGUGUUGUUGUUUUUAUUUUGAUUUAGUGCAUCAUGAUGGAUAACGAUAGUGACAACGAUCAUGAUCCCGACAAUGAUAACGAUAACGAAGGAGAGCUCAAUCUGGCGGGAUUUCUGUUUGGCAAUGUCGACGAGCAUGGCCGGUUGGAGAAUGACUUUCUGGACGAGGAAGCCAAGCAGCACCUGUCUUCGCUAUCGAGGAUGGGUCUGUCGUCAUUUUUGGCGGACGUUCUAACGGAUGGAACGGAGAAGCCACCGUUCGAGAACAGUGAUAGUGAUGAUUCUUCGUCCAGCGAUGAUCAUCGGUAUGACGAUCACGAUGAUGAUAAUGCAAAUUAUAAGAUAAAAGCGGAGGAUGCGGUGGAUUUUUCGGAUUUUAAUGAACUGGCAGAGGAUUUACCGGUAGCGAUUGAGCCUUCCGACGGGAAGAAAGGUUCCGGUGGAGAGGAUGACUAUGAUGAUAUUGAGGCGGCUAUUCCGGUUAGCAAGGUGGAUGUCAAAGGGGUACAUUCCGAUGGCGGUAGGGAUGCAGACGAUGAGAAGGAAGAUGGUGUGGAUGAUAAACAGUUGAUGCCCCCGCCCAGCGCCCCGAUCAGUGGAGCAGAAGGGAAAUCCGAUAGUGAGGAUGCUUUGGAAAAGCCUAAGUUAGAGCGAAAGUUGGAUACUCCUCUGGCGGCAAUGUUACCAUCGAAAUAUGUGGACGUAGACGUGCGUGAAUUGUUUCCGGACUUCCGCCCGGAUAAGGUUCUUCGGUUUUCUAGACUAUUCGGACCAGGGAAAAUUUCUAGUUUGCCGCAGAUCUGGAGAAGCGUCCGUCGUAGACGGAGGAAGAAACUUCAGAAGCUAAAGAUGAAAGACGGCUCGGAUUCAACCUCGGAUUCCGAUGAACCUCGCCGAAGACAUGGCUAUGAUUGUGUUUAUGCUCCGGUUCCAGCAAGGGAUCAGUGGGAGUCGGACGAUGAAGAUAGAUUGCUGAGUCUAACUCGGGAAGAAGAGAAAGAAGAAAAACCUGACACUGACCAAGGUGGCGAUUCUAAGCCAAAGGUGGCGGAUUGGCGUUUUGGACCGGCCCAGGUUUGGUACGAUAUGCUGGACGUUCCGGAAACGGGAGAAGACUUCAACUAUGGAUUCAAAACUACGGACAGAAGGGAGGAAAUGGAUAUAAAAGGCGAUCCAAUACCGGAUGAUGCUUUCCUGAUGGUCUCCCAGCUGCACUGGGAAGACGACGUGGUGUGGGAUGGGAAUGACAUUAAGCAUAAGGUGCUACAGAAACUUAACUCCAAGAUCAAUGCAGCUGGUUGGCUACCGUCCAGUGGAUCUCGAACUGCAGGUGCAUUCAGCCAACCGGGAAAGAGUAUUCCACCUUCCCCAGCCGUGUCCGGAUCAAAACACAGCAGUUCCAGUCAAGGGAAAAUGAGCAAAGCCCAGAUGAUCAUCGCCGCUGCCCAGAACAAACAGCUAGAGGAAACCGACGAUACGUGGUACAGCAUCUUCCCGGUUGAAAACGAAGAACUGGUCUACAGCAAAUGGGAGGAAGAAGUCAUUUGGGACGCUGAAGCAGUCAGCAAAAUUCCAAAACCCAAAGUCCUCACUCUGGAUCCCAACGACGAGAACAUCAUUCUCGGUAUCCCAGAUGAUAUUGACCCUUCAAAAAUCAUCCGGAAUACGGGACCUACCCCUAAGGUCAAAAUCCCGCACCCGCACGUUAAGAAGUCCAAAAUUCUCCUCGGAAAAGCCGGUGUCAUUAACGUUCUUGCAGAAGAUACGCCUCCUCCGCCGCCGAAAAGUCCUGACCGUGACCCUUACAAUAUCUCUAACGACGUCUUUUACAUGGCCAAAUCAUCGGAAGCCACACUGAAGCUCAAAGUGGGCGGAGGAAACCUAUUGCAACAUUCCACCCCAGUCGUUGAGUUGCGCGCUCCCUUCAUCCCGACCCAUAUGGGUCCAAUGAAGCUGCGAAUGUUCCAUCGACCUCCGAUGAAAAAAUACUCUCACGGUGCACUUGCUACCGGCAAUCCUCAAGCAGUGCUACCGCUACUGAAGAACAUCAAAAAGAAGGCCAAACAGCGAGAACUGGAACGAAUUGCUUCCGGUGGUGGUGAUGUCUUUUUCAUGCGCACGCCGGACGACCUCUCCGGUCGCGAUGGCGAAUUGGUUCUCGUGGAAUUCUGCGAAGAACAUCCACCCCUGAUGAACCAAGUCGGUAUGGCCACCAAGAUCAAAAACUACUACAAACGCAAAGCUGCCAAAGAUUCCGGUCCCCCGGAGUACCGUUAUGGUGAAUUGCACUUUGCUCACACUUCCCCAUUUCUGGGAAUCCUCCAUCCGGGUCACUGCAUCCAAGUGGUCGAAAACAACAUGUACCGAGCCCCAAUCUACCCACAAAACAUGCUGGAAUCCGACUUCCUGGUCAUCCGAACUCGUAGCAAUUACUACAUCCGAGAGGUGGACGCCAUAUUCACCGCCGGUCAGGAAUGUCCGCUGUACGAAGUGCCCGGUCCGAAUUCGAAAAGGGCCAACAAUUUCGUUCGCGACUUCCUCCAGGUCUUCAUUUACCGUCUGUUCUGGAAGAGCAGAGACAACCCGCGUAAAAUCCGCAUGGACGACAUCAAGAAAGCCUUCCCGGCCCAUUCGGAGAGCAGCAUCCGUAAGCGGUUGAAGCAGUGUGCCGAUUUCAAACGUACCGGUAUGGAUUCGAACUUUUGGGUUAUCAAACCGGAAUUCCGGCUGCCUUCGGAGGAGGAAAUUCGAGCGAUGGUCUCGCCGGAGCAGUGUUGCGCGUACUUUAGCAUGAUUGCCGCCGAGCAGCGACUGAAGGAUGCCGGUUAUGGCGAGAAGUUCAUCUUUGCCCAGCAGGAAGACGACGACGAGGAGAUGCAGUUGAAGAUGGACGACGAGGUGAAGGUGGCACCGUGGAAUACGACCCGAGCCUACAUUCAGGCCAUGCGGGGCAAGUGUAUUCUGCAGCUGAACGGGCCGGCCGAUCCGACCGGAUGUGGCGAGGGGUUCUCGUACGUGCGGAUGCCAAACAAACCAACGCAGCAAAAUAAAGAAGAAAUUGAAAGCCAGCCGAAACGUACCGUCACCGGUACGGACGCCGAUUUGCGUCGACUGUCCCUGAACAACGCCAAAGCGCUGCUGCGUAAGUUCCAGGUACCGGAAGAGGAAAUCAAGAAACUCUCCCGGUGGGAAGUCAUCGACGUCGUGCGUACCCUUUCGACCGAGAAGGCCAAAGCCGGCGAGGAGGGAAUGGAUAAGUUUUCCCGCGGCAAUCGGUUCUCGAUUGCCGAACACCAGGAACGCUACAAGGAAGAGUGCCAGCGUAUCUUCGAUCUGCAGAACAGGGUGCUGGCCUCGUCGGAAAUACUGUCCACCGACGAAGGCGAGUCGACGGCAUCGGAGGAGUCGGAUCUGGAAGAGUUGGGUAAGAAUUUGGAGAACAUGCUGGCCAACAAGAAAACUUCCACGCAGCUGUCGCUGGAGCGGGAGGAACAGGAACGCCAGGACCUGCUGAGGAAAAUCAUGGAGGAGCAGGGUAGCUCCAAUAGAGGUAAAAAGAAGGACGACGAUAUGAAGGAUCUCCAACAAACUCCCACCACAAAAAUCCUGAAAAUCACUCGAACCUUCAAAAAUUCGGAAGGCCGAGAGUACACCCGUGUGGAAAUCGUCCGCCGAGCGCCAGUCAUUGAAGCCUACACCAAGAUACGUACCACCAAGGAUGAGGCAUUUAUCCGACAGUUUGCCACCCUGGACGAGGCGCAGAAGGAGGAGAUGAAACGUGAAAAGCGUCGUAUUCAGGAGCAACUGCGACGAAUCAAGCGUAACCAACAGAAAAUCGGAAUGAUGAAUCAGCAGCAUCAACAGCAUUCGGUAGGAACGCCCAUCAGUCUUGGUGACCGGAUAACUCCGGGUAGUUCCAAAUCCAGUGCACAUUCUUCGACGCCAAAGGAAAGCCACACCAAGGAACAGAGUCCUUCGUCUCGCAAGAAGGUCAAACUGAAGCCGGAUCUGAAGUUGAAAUGUGGUGCCUGCGGUCAAGUUGGGCAUAUGAGAACGAACAAAGCAUGUCCGCUGUACACGGGAACGGUUCCGACACCGUCGUUGAACGUGGCAAUGACCGAAGAGCAAGAAGAGGAAAUCGAGAAGGAACUGAAUGCAGAUGAUGAAGAUUUGGUAAAUGUUGACGGAACGAAGGUAAAGUUAAGUGGCAAGCUAUUGAAACGGCACGAAGAUGUGAAGAGAAGAACGCUACUGUUGAAGGUUCCCAAGGAAGCGGUCAGCAAGAAACGACGUCGCGUCGGAGGUGAUUCCAAUUGUGAUUAUUUGAAGAGACACAACAAAACUGCGAACCGUAGGCGAACGGAUCCGGUUGUCGUGCUGUCUUCGCUACUGGAACAGAUUCUGAAUGAACUACGGGACAUGCCGGACGUGGCUCCAUUCAUGUUCCCAGUGAACGCCAAGCAGGUCGUGGACUAUCACAAGAUCAUUCAGCGACCGAUGGAUCUGCAGACCAUCCGCGAGAAUAUCCGUCAGAAAAAGUAUCAAACCCGAGAGGAGUUCAUCGCCGACAUUAACCAAAUCGUUGAAAAUUCCUCGCUCUACAAUGGACCGAAAAGUUCGCUAACGAUCGCAGCGCAACGGAUGCUUCAGAAGUGCAAGGAUCGCAUGCAGGAAAAGGAGGAGCGCUUGACUCGGCUGGAGAAGAGUAUCAACCCGCUGCUGGAUGAUGACGAUCAGGUGGCCCUGUCCUACAUGCUUGGGGAGUACGUGAACGGUCCGCUGAAGGCGAUGCCGGAGAGUUGGCCGUUUUUGAAGCCGGUCAACAAGCGGUUAGUGAAGGAUUACUAUACGAUCAUUCGGAAGCCGAUGGACCUGGAAAAGAUUUCAAAGAAGGUGGCAACGCACAAGUAUCAUUCGAGAGUCGAUUUUCUGCAGGACAUUCAUCUGAUCGCUGACAACUGCGAGACGUACAACGGUUCGGAGGCAAACUUUACCAGGCAGGCAAGGCACAUGGUGGAAGUCGUCAAACAGGCACUGGAUGCGAUGGACAACAUGGCUCAGUUGGAGAAGAACAUUGCCCUGGUUCAGGAACGUGCCCGCAAUGAAGACAUCGACUGGGAAGACGAUGAACGGGAUGGCAAGUAUUUCCACGGAUCUCGUGACACCUCUCCGGAUCGGGACUUUGGCGACGAAGAUGCCAGCAAUUUGGAACGGCCUUCGUCGGCCGGCUCGAUGACAUCCAGUCGGCCCGGUCCCAGUGGGUUGAUGAAACCGAACCUAGAUGGGAAGAAGGCUCGCGGCAGGCCACGGAAGAUGCAGCACGAAGAAGAAUUUCCUGGCAUGAUGAUGUCACAGAUGAUGAACAGGAUGCUGCUCAAGCGUUCCCGCGGUCGCCCGCGGAAGGAACACGACGACAUGGACAGCACCACAACCACUCACAGCAGCAGCCACAAUGUGCGUGGCGGCCCCGGCGGUUCCGGAGGCUACGGCAGCGGUGGACCUGGGCGGGAUCUCGGCGGGUAUGAAGGCAUACCGUCGAGUUCUUCCACACCGCUACUGGCUACCGAUCCGUCUGCUUCGGCCUUCGAAAUGAACUGGAUGGUCAAUGCGGGCACGUCGGCGGUGGAUGGGACCAAGCUAACGGGUACUAACAAUUCGUUCUGGCGAGAUAGCACUACUACCAGAGGUGGAAGAUUCCUUGGGGAUUCGGGGCUUUUUGGGCGAAUCAAGCAAGGUGGCCAGUAUUCGACCGAUGACGAAGAGUUCGAAGAAGUCACCAUGAGCGACAAUGAAGGGGUAUCGGUUACUCUUGACCAGUCGAAUGCUCAAUCGAAUUCGUCUAUGAUGCCACCACAGGAAGGAGAUAGCCAACAGGCAGCAGAAGCUAUGGUCCAACUCAGUGGCGCGCAGUCCCAGUUUUAUCAAACUGCGGAAGAAUCAAUGGAGAUCGACCCUAACUACGAUCCGAGUGAUUUUCUCGGCAUGUCUAACCGGCAGCUGGGCACGGAAAGUACGGGGCAAACUGGAGCAAACCCUAGCCAGUUUACGUAUCAGCAAGGAAGCGCCUUCGAUCCAAAUUUUCAACAGUUCCAGCAGCAACCAUCGCAAUUUGAAGACCAACAGAUCCUGGCAGUGGAAGGCCAACAGCAAGAACAAGCGGAACAACCGUCGGUCCUGCCACCUCUGCAGUCGCUGCAUAAGGAUCUGGCUAUCUCCGAUAGUGAUGACGAACAGAAUAAUUUGCAAAUGGAUAUAUUUAGCAACGCAAACGAGAAUGAUGAUAAUGACGAUGGAGGAGGUCUCUGGUUCUAAACUAGUUUUUAGUACUAAUAUAUAUCUAGCUACUUAACCUUCAUGUUUUAUAAGCCUUUGAUAA